AUGGACUCCAUGUUCGAGGACGACAUCAGCAUCCUGACUCAGGAGGCGCUGGGGCCGGACGAGGACUGGCUUGACAGCCCCAACACCGACUUCUCGGGUGAGAUGUGCUCGGCCUCCCACUUCGCCCUCAUCACCGCCUACGACGACAUCAAGAACCGGCUGACAGGGCUGGAGAGGGAGAACUCCACGCUCAAACGCCGACUCAAGAUGUACGAGGUCAAGCUGCAGAAGAGCAAAGAGCGGGAGGAGCAGCUGGAGGAGAUGAUCCAGGCCUACGAGAAGCUGUGCGUGGAGAAGGCUGACCUGGAGACCGAGCUUGGAGAGAUGCGGGCGCUGGUGGAGACGCACCUGAGCCGCAUCCGGAGCCUGGAGCAGCAGCUGCGGCAGCGCGAUGGCGGCACCUUCCCCGGGCUGGGCACCCCGCUGCCGGGCCAGGAGGUGCCUUUCCUCGCCCUGCACCCCAACCCCAGCCUGACCCACGAGCCGGGGGCUGGAGGCGACGGCACGGCUGGAGGGCGAGCUGGAGGCCGCGCGGGAGGGCACACCAGCCCGCCAACAACCGAGUGCGAGCGGCUGCAGGCGGAGCUGAAGCACCUGCAGGACACCCGGGAGCAGGUACGGGGCAGGGACCAGUCGGAGCGGGACAUGGCCUGGGUGAAGAAGGUGGGCGACGACCAGGUGAACCUGGCGCUGGCCUACACGGAGCUGACGGAGGAGCUGUGCCGCCUGAGGAACCUCAGCUCCCUGCAGAGCCAGAUCCUCCGUGCCCUGCUGCAGGAGAAGAGCCUCAACGGCGGCCAGCGCCACUCCCCGCUGUCCCAGUGCCAUUCCCCAGCCCAGCAACGCCGCUCGCCCGCCCCGCAGUGCCCCUCGCCUGCUCCGCCGGGGCGUUCGCCGGCACCCCAGUGCCAGUCGCCAGCACUAGUGCCUUCCCCCAGCCCGCACCGCCGCUCCCCCGCCCCGCAGUGCCCCUCGCCUGCUCCGCCGGGGCGUUCGCCGCCCCGGCCGGCGCCCACCCGCUGCGCCUCCUUCUGCGCCGGCUUCCCCAUCCCCGACGCGGAUGCCGCGCACCGGACGGCCGCUGCCUACGCCCGGGCAGAGCACGCCCAGUCCUGGCCCUCAAUCAACCUGCUGCUGGAGACGGUGGACUCGGAGGUGCGGAGCUGCCCGCUGUGCCAGCUGGCCUUCCCCAUCGGCUACCCGGACGAUGCCCUGGUGAAGCACAUCGACUCGCACCUGGAGAACAGCAAGAUCUGA